AUGUCUGACCAGGAAGCAAAACCUUCAGCUGAGGACUUGGGGGAUGAGAAGGAAAGAGAAUACAUUAAACUCCAAGUCAUUGGACAGGAGAGCAGUGAGAUCCACUUCAAAGUGAAAGUGACAACGCAUCUCAAGAGGCUCAAAGAAGCAUACUGUCAAACACAGGGAGUGCCAGUAAAUUCAGUCAGAUUUCUCUUUGCAGGACAGAGAAUUGCUGGGAAUCACACUCCAAAAAAACUGGGAAUGAAGGAAGAUGUGAUUGAAGUUCAUCAGGAACAAACAGGGGGACGUUCA